AUGCAAGUCGUCAGGCAUGAAAAGAAUGUUGUACUCCGAAGAGAUAAUUACUCUAGAAACAACUUCUAUCCCCAGCACUGUAAUGAGAACGUUAUAUUUAAUACAAAUUAUGCUAGUUCUCAUACUUGUGAAUUUGCCAUCAAAUCAUGCCAGCUUUCUUUGCAAAUUUUUUGGUAAAUACAUUUAAUAUCAGUAUUGUUACUAUCUGUAUAUUUAUGAAUAUGUGUUUAUACAUAGCGUGCUGAAAUAUGUUUCGGAUUUUCGUAAAGUCAUCUGAUAAAUGUCAGUAAUUAUUGUUCCGCAACUAGUGGAGCAGCAGCUUGAGCACCUUUUGGCUCAUUGAACUCUCAGCUGACGAAAUCUGACACGUAUACAGUUCUUCCAGCAAUUCAGACAGCUUAUCAUAUUCUGAUACUGUUCAACACUAAGAUGCACUUAUAUCCUUCUGGUUAUUCUAAGAAACUUCAAACAAAGUUAAGGUGUUCUCAUUUUCUGUCUUUAUAUCGUAAGAAUAUUUGGAAAGUGUUUAUUCAUACAGGAAUGAAAUAUUCGGUUCUUCACAGUGAUCACGUAGUUAGCCUGUCACACAAAUAAACGGAAUGUUGUGAUUAGUAUUAUGUGUCUGCUUCACUCGCAUCAUUGAUGCUUUCGUAUAUCCACGAAAUGUUGGAUAAUUUUCUCAUUCCCUUGUAUCAGUGAUGGUCUACUUUAAGGUAAAUGACAAUAAUAUGUUGGUGGAAAUUGGUUAUUUAUUUGCUAAGAUUCCUGAAAUAAACUCUUGCUCUCUUUUGAAGCCAAAACGAUAAAAUUUAGCAUUUCACGUUUCCCUGUCAUAUAAUGAUUCUUCUUUUAUUCCAUCACGUUCCCAGUGAAAAGUGAAGUUUCUGUAGCAGUGUUUAUUUUCACAAUAUAGGAUGGCUAGCCGAGUUCUCAACUCUUCCUGUUUACCAGAAUUAUUAGUGACUUAGCGAGAUAAACGAGUGCUUCAUCGGACAAGGAUUGAACCUCGGACCAUGUGCAUUGUCGGCGAGCGUCAUAACCGCUUUACCACCGACGCACAUUUUAUCAGGUGUCUGUGUUUGUCUUUAUUUUAUCGUAUACGUAUAUCGACAAUUCGUUAUGCCUGAGUAUUGUUCAAUACAAGCUUUUGUGAAUUUCGCAGACCUUCUUGGAUUAAAUAUAUGCGUAAGUACACACUCUAGUAUCGUAUUAGAUUACAUAUUAGUAGAAUUACAAAUCAUUGGCAGUGUAUCCUUUACAAGAGACUUUUGAAUUACACCUCUCUAAGCUGGCUAACUUAAUGUAGACGUUUUUGGUGCUAUUCAUAUCAGUGAUGCAGUAUAUGUAGAAUUCAAAACAAGAGUUUAUAGUUAUUUCCUAAAAUAGAUAUGAAGAGGCCAAAUUUACUCAGAAAUGGAUGAUUACAUACGGAACUAUUCCUUCCCAAAAUAUGUAAUCAAAUAUUUUUCUUUAACAGGACCAAUUAAAAAGACAUGCAGCUCA